AUGGCCACUAGUUCUGCUCCAGCAGCUUCGUUGCUUAAGCGACAGCUCAAAGAGAUGCAGGCUGGCAAGGAUAUUCCAGGCAUCUCAUGCGGCCUCGUAAACGAUAACAACAUCUUUGAGUGGGAAGUGAUGCUCAUGAUUAGCGACGACUGCAAAUACUACGGCGAUCCCAUUCCUUUCCACCCGAAUAUCUACGAAAACGGCAAGCUCUGCAUUUCUAUCCUCCACCCUCCCGAGGAAGACGAGUAUGGCUACGAAGCAGCCUCUGAACGCUGGAGCCCAGUCCAGACACCCGAAACUAUUCUUCUCAGCACCAUUAGUCUAUUCCACAGUCCCAACGACGAGAGCCCUGCCAAUGUGGAGGCUGCACGGAUGUUCCGCGAGGAAAGGGAGGGCAAGAACAAGGAUUUCCGAAGACGCUGCAGAAAGUGCGUGAGGGAGAGCUUGGGAGAGGAUUAG